AUGUUCAAAACUGGACCGCAUUCAGGUGCCCACUUGGAGCAUGUUUUGGAAGGAAAAGAAAGAAGAGACUGCGUAUGUAUAGCUCCUGUUGUCAGUCCGCCAGAAUGUAAAAUCCCAGUUAACAAAGAGGUAAAUGACUCCUUGAUUAAGCGACCACCACCCCCGCAACCCAGUGACAUAUUUAUACCAUCUCCUGCAGUUGAAUCGUCAGAGGCCUGCUUGAGACAUUGUUUGACGACCAUUGAUGAAGAUCUUAGGAUAUUAAUGGAAGAAAGAGACAGAAUCGUCAUGGAGUUUGAAGCCCGUGGAUUAUAUAAACCAGACUGUCCAAUCAUAAUAAAGUACGUCGUUCAAGAAGUGAAUGUAGAGAAGUCCAUAUCAAAGAAGAUACCGCUGAGACAAAGAGCGAAAGAUUUUUUCAAGAAAAUCGUCAAGAAUCUCGGCCUGAAAAAAUAGACACUUAAUAAAACAUUAUAUAAUACGAUUUCCUUCCAUGUCCAGGGCACACAACGCUCAAUGGAUUAUCUUGAUGAUGUAUAUAUAAAUUAAUCUGUGAGUUUACGCCAAUUGAAAUAAAAUAAAUAAUCUAAGACAUUAGAAUCUGAUUUUUCUGCUCUAAAACAUGUUAAAGUUCUCUAUAAGAUAAGGUAGAAGUUUUUUCAAAUACAUUCC